AACGAUUUUAUCUUUUAUCAGGUCGGCCUGUUGGUUGUUGUUUCACCUUUGAUUAGAAUACAUAAUGGAACUGGAUUUUCAAUGGAACUUCAAUUCCAGCGGCUUGAGCCAAAGGAAGAUGAGUUUGCAUCUCUGUUGUUAAGACCAGGCGAUUAUAUUGAUGAUUCUAUGGCUAUGUUUGAUGCCAUAAACUUCUCUGGGGGAGUAAAGAGGGCUUUAAUUUCUUUGAGUGUUGGUAACUUCUUAUUUUCAUUUAGACCCAAAAUAGCAGAGGAGCUGAUUAAUUCUGAAAGUUCUCUUUCUUUGGAAUGGUCGGAUUAUAUUAAAGGUGGAAAAGCUGUUCAUCUAUCAGGAAUAUUUAAUAAAUUGAACUACAGAAUUCGCAAGGCAUUAUUUGAAAAAUCAGUCAAGUGUUCCUUUAGCACAUCAUGUUGCACCCUCAAGUCUGAGGGGAAGAAUAUUGCAAAUAUGCAUUUUCUCAUUCAAACAAUUGCUACGGAAAUCCCUAUUGUACCCGAAAAGUCUGCUGCUGUGUUGAAAAAUGAUAAUCCAACAGUUUCAUUGCUAGAAAAGAAAGAAAUAUAUCUUCUUCCUACUGUGCGGGUGACUAAUUUAUUGCAUUCUGAGAUAGAUGUCAUUCUAAGUGAAACAGAUCAGUCAAAUCUGGUUGGAUAUGACAAAAUUGGGAAGCAGGCGAUUAUAACAUGUGGUUCCACAGUUGACUUUUAUGCCAAUCCAGAAGUUAUAUACUUCACUGUGUCUCUACCUUCUUCCAAUUCAAGUUCCAAGCCAGUAAAUAGUGGAGACUGUAUGAAGAAGUUUCUGAAGCAGAACAAUGAUGUCCAUCAUCUGGAUAUAAAUUUGGACUUUGGAGGAAAUUUUUUUGCAACCUUGAGAUUGUACCGUGGAAACAGGGGCGUACUGGAGGUUGUCAUUUUUACAUCCUAUUCCAUUAAGAAUGAUACAGACUUUCAAAUUUUUGUUCUUGAAACGAAAAGGUCUCCUUUAUCCAGAAUUGAAUUAGAGAACUUAAAUCUGGGUGUUCCUUCAGAGCUAGGUUUAUGUUUGCCACCAAAGUCGACUAGUUCAUGGUUCUUGAAAUCUGAAAGAGUGCUUCUGAAGUUGCUGGAGGACCAUACAUCUGAGGCAUUGCUUGACUUUGGUUCUCUAUCAGGCCUUGCAGAGAUAAGCUUUGAAAAAGAAGAGGGAUCUGGAAUUAAAUCAGUAACAAAGCUUGGAAUUUCUAUAGGUCCUUCUUUAGGAGAAAUUGCUGUGCCAUCACAAAUGGUGACCUUGGUUCCACGAUAUGUAAUUUGCAAUGAAUCUGAAGAAUGUAUCACCAUUCGCCAAUGCUAUUUACAGGAUGAGGUGGCAGGUGUUAUCUCCAUUAGCAGCAAACAGCGAAGGCCACUACAGCUGAAGGAAGGAUUUAAAAAGAUGAGAGAGUUCAGUGUAUUUGAGCAUUUUAUCAGAAAGCACAGAAGUUCUAGUGACAAUACCUUGUUAUAUGUUCAGAUUCAAUUAAAUGAGGCUGGAUUGGGAUGGUCUGGGCCAGUUUGCAUAGCCUCUCUAGGACAUUUUUUCCUGAAAUUCAAAAAACAGACUAAUGAAGUUACAAUAUCAGACAACAAAAUGACACAAUUCGCAGCUGUGCAUGUGGUGGAAGAAGGUUCUACACUUGUUUCAAGGUUCUACAGGCCCCCAACUAUGAGCCUGCCUUAUCGAAUUGAGAAUUGUUUGCAAAGUCUAUCAAUAACUUACUAUCAAAAGGGUUUGUUGGAACCAGAAGUUCUUGGACCUGCAUGCAGUGCUGAUUAUGUAUGGGAUGAUUUAACCCUUCCUCGAAGAUUGGUUAUCUGCAUCAAUGGUUGUCAUUUGAACCUUGUUAUAGACUAUUUAAGUUAACAAUUCUCCGUAUAACUAAUUUGGAGUGGUCCUUAUGAUUGGCAAAGUUAAAAUUUAGUAAAGCUUUGUAAAAUUUGCCUGAGAUUAGUAUAUCAUAAAAUUUGGGUUUGGACCUAAACCAAUCCUAUAAACCUGACUCGUCAGAUUAGAAUAGCCCAAGCUUUACUAACUCUAUUUAAGUCAUAAGUUUGGGACUAAAUUACCACCCUUGUGGUUGCAGUUAAGGCAACCUCCAAAGAGACCACAAGCGAUGUGGGCUAGGGUUGACCACUACUAAGACAACUUUCUAGCAUAGUACCUUAGCCACUAAAGUAUUUGAUGUUCCUAAAUUGGAAUAUUUGAUACCUUUAGCUAUGAUUACCUCUUAAAAUUUGAACUUUGGGUCUAACUCAAACCAACAAAAGUGGUUUGCAAAACUACAUAUGAUUUGUAAGUUAUAUUUAUGUCAUAUCUAUAGUCAAUGUAAGACUAAAUCACCACGGUUAAGGUUGUAAUUAAGGCAACCUCUAAAAGAGACUACAAUUAAGACAACUUUUCAACACUCCCCUUAGACCGACAAAACUAUUUCUCAAGGAGUUGAAGGUGAUGUUGUGGUUUCUUAUGUAUUUGCACAUGACUUACAAGUUCCAAAUCUCCCACCCUUUUGAAAAGACCCAACAUGUGGUAUCAGAGCGGUUGGUUCAGG